GCAGGCGGGGUGGUGGGCCGGCGAGUUCUUCCUAGUACCACCGUGGCUGCGUCUCCUCGCUGCUCCUGCCACUCUGGGACGGCAUUGCCUGCGUUAGCUGCACAAGGGGAAGGGAGGGGAGGGACCAGCGUGAGUUCGCGGGGACCCCCGCAGUCCCAGCAGUUCCUCUCGCGCCGGGUGGGCUGUGGGGGUCAGCAGCAGUCGGGGGAGGCCCUAGACGGCGCCAUGUCAGCGGGCGGCCCGUGCCCGGCUCCUGCGGGAGGGGGACCAGGGGGCGCCUCUUGCGCCAUGGGGGUCUCAACCGGUGGGGUUUCCAUGUUCCGGUGGCUGGAGGUGCUGGAGAAGGAGUUCGACAAGGCUUUCGUGGAUGUGGAUCUGCUUCUGGGCGAGAUCGAUCCGGACCAGGCAGACAUCACUUAUGAGGGGCGACAGAAGAUGACCAGCCUGAGCUCCUGCUUUGCGCAGCUUUGCCACAAAGUCCAGACUGUGUCCCAAAUCAACCACAAGCUAGAGGCACAGUUGGUGGAUCUGAAAUCUGAACUGACAGAGACCCAGGCAGAGAAAGUGGUGUUGGAGAAAGAAGUGCACGACCAGCUCCUACAGUUGCACUCGGUUCAGCUUCAGCUCCAUGCUAAAACCGGGCAAAGCGUCGACUCAGGCACCAUUAAAGCAAAAUUGUCUGUCCCCUCUGUGGAGGAUCUGGAGAGAGAGCUUGAAGCAAACAAAAAAGAAAAAAUGAAAGAAGCUCAACUUGAAGCUGAAGUGAAGUUGCUGAGAAAAGAGAACGAAGCCCUUCGUAGACACAUAGCUGUUCUCCAGGCAGAAGUGUACGGCGCAAGGCUGGCUGCCAAGUACUUGGACAAGGAGCUGGCCGGACGGGUCCAACAAAUACAAUUAUUAGGACGAGAUAUGAAGGGACCUGCUCAUGAUAAGCUGUGGAACCAGUUGGAGGCGGAGAUACAUUUGCAUCGUCACAAAACUGUCAUCAGAGCCUGCCGAGGACGGAACGACCUGAAGCGGCCGAUGCAGGCGCCGCCGGGCCACGAUCAAGACUCUUUAAAGAAAAGCCAAGGUGUUGGUCCGAUUAGAAAAGUUCUCCUCCUUAAGGAAGACCACGAAGGCCUUGGCAUUUCAAUAACAGGUGGGAAAGAACAUGGUGUUCCGAUCCUCAUUUCUGAGAUCCACCCAGGGCAGCCUGCUGACAGGUGUGGAGGGCUACAUGUCGGAGAUGCGAUUUUGGCUGUGAACGGAGUUAACCUAAGGGAUACAAAGCAUAAAGAAGCUGUGACCAUUCUUUCCCAGCAGAGAGGAGAGAUCGAAUUUGAAGUUGUGUAUGUGGCUCCCGAAGUGGAUUCCGACGAUGAAAACGUAGAGUAUGAAGAUGAGAGUGGACAUCGCUAUCGUUUGUACCUUGACGAGUUAGAGGGAGCUAGUAAUCCUGGUUCUAGUUGCAAAGGCCCAAGUGGGGAAAUCAAAGUGUUACAAGGAUUUAAUAAGAAGGCAGUAACCGAUGGCCAUGAAAACGGAGACCUAGGAACUUCGGGUGAAACUCCGCUGGAAGACAGUGCUUCUAAGUUAGACGAUCUUCACAGUCUGUAUCAUAAAAAAUCCUACUGAACUGACUGUACCCCCGACAGGAUUGUGAAAUCAGACCAUUCUGCAUUUGGGGCGCUAGGGAAGAGGGUGACAAAGACUGUACAAAUCCAGGGAGGCUGCGUGUUGCCUGAAUGAAAGGCGGGUACCUCAGGGCUUCAUGUGAACUGCUCUAAAUGCUGAAUGCCCUGUUCCCGUGGUACAUCACAAUUGGCUAUUGCAUGUAAAGCAGUUUUGAUUUUCUUAAAAAAUCCUGUGAAGUACCAAAGCAUGUGUUUUCCAAAGGGGUAUUACUAGGCUCUUAAGUACCACAUGAAGCACUGCUGUUUUAUUUCAUUCCUUUCCCACUUAGAAGGAUAGUGCUAACCAGUAUUUUAUAAAAAAUAGUCUUUAAAUACAAGAGAAUAAAUGAAUUCAUAUUGUAUAUUCCAGAAUGUCAAGUGUGGUGUUUCAAAGGACAAAAUUUAAUGAAUUGCAGAAAUGUAGGCUUGACUUAAUAUUUUUUAACUGAAAGAAUGGUUGUAGUUUUUUAAAUUUAUUUUGCAUCCUGAUAUCUAAAUCAGUUCUUAAUGAUCAUUUAUUGUGAUGAGUUUGCUGUUCAGCUUUAUGCAGUGCAGUACAAAUAGUUUUCUUUAAGCAAUCCUUUAUCAAUCAGUGCUGCACUAGAAGUAGCUCCUGUAAAGUUCCUGUACAUUGUACUUUUCUGGGUUUUAAACAAAAUGCAGAUGAGUGUAAAAUACCUGUCCUCGAUUAUGUUGAUCCUCCGUGCAUGACAUUGGAGCACUCUGUCGUUACUGAUUAGUCUCCAGUGCUUUUUUUCCUGGGAUCUACAAAAGACAGUUUGUACAUUUUGAGUUGUGUCUUGUUGCGAUAGUCCAGGCACUUAAAGAUACAUUUUUUUUCCUGGAAGUAAAAGCUCAAAUUUAUUACUAUGCUAAUGAAAUGCAUUGUAUUCAAACAGCAGUUUUCUCUCAAAAGUAACUGAUUUGCCAGUCAUUUUAAAAGCCGAAGCACUGGUGGGAAAGAUAAGGGGAAGACGUUUGGAUACAGUAAUUGUUUUGGUUGACUUUUCACCUCAGUAUGUGUCUGACUCAAGUGCUUUUCAGAUGCAAACUAAGAUUUUUCUAGUUCUAUUAUCCCAGGAUUAAGAAUGGAGUACCUGCUCUUUUAUUUACUGAAGGCCACUCACUGUACCUUGUUGGGGAAAAUGAAAAUAUUGCAUUUAAAGGGGUGAUACUUUUGCCAGUAUCACUGCUUUAAAGGAUAUAUAUGUAUGUAUAUAUAUAAUGGACUGUUAAGUGAGGGGAAAGCCUACCAGGCUUUCAGAGUGUUAUCAGUUCUUCAUUUCUGAUACUCAGAUGUCAUGUCAUACAAUACACAUUUUCUUGUCUUUCCUAGAUGCACUAUAUAUUUGUUCGUAGGUAAAUCUGUAAAAUGUAUAUACUUUAUUUGAUGGUUUUGUUAUUUAUAAAUUUUAUGUUUUAACUAUUGCUCAUUUAUAGUUUAUUUUGGAUGGUUUUAAUCAUCUGUAUAUCUCCAUGUUAAUUUGUAAUAGAAAUGCACUUCAUAGUAUAUAUUGUUACUGAUGUUAAAAUACCUUGUAGGAUAACGUCAUCCCUAAGCAAAAGCUGGUAUUUAAUUGCACAACUGAGUAAGCAAGCUACAUGCUCUUGUUUGCUUCUGACAUGGUAGGCAAGGCCUCUUAAUAGAAAACAAAUGUUUUUCCCUUCUGCAUUCCCCUCCUCCAAACACAUGCGCCCAGUACAUGACAUGAGCUCUGCAAACAGGGUUUUAGCCAGUGUAUUCAUUUAGUCAAAAUAUUACAUUGUAACGUGUCUGCAAAUGUUUUUGUUGUGACUUGAAACCGUGUUACUUUUAUUUUUUUAAACAGUUGAAUGGGACAACCAUGGCAUUUUUCCAGAAAAUAUCUAUGACUGAAUUCUUAGGAAAUAUGAGCUGAAACCUUUUGGUUUUCAAGAACUAUCUAAUAAGUCUAUGAAGAAUUUUUUUUACAGCUUUCCAUUGGCCUAUUUUUGAGGAUGCUGUGUAGAAAAAAGGAUUGUGUGAGGUGGUUAUGAUAUAACUCCUUUCAAGGGCUGAUGAGCAGAAUGAAAAAUGCUCGGGGCAGUUUAGAAUUUAAAAUUGCACAGGUCAGGCUCCCCUUUGAGACUUGUUUCACCUUGGUUUGCGAGCCUGCUUGACAGGACCUGUUGCUCAGAUGCUACUGUGAGCUCCUGACAUAUUUUGUAACAGUCCCUUUGAAAGUUCACUUUAGAUAUAUAUGGUCUUUGGGGAAGGAACUAAGAAUUGUAGACUUUUUUAAAAAAAACUGAAUGAGAAGCAGUUUUAAAUUUUUUUAAAAUUUUCACCUGUGUAGGAAAUGAACUCAUAACACUCAAGUUUCUAGGGCAAAACCAAACACAUAAGGAGAGAACUGUUGCAAAGUUUUUAUAGUUGAAAUGAAAAAAUAAAAAUACACAAAUGCACACACAGAGAAUAGCUGAGAAAAAAUUUUACACAGAGUGCAAGACACUGUGUACAGUUAGAUUUUCACCUCUAAAUUCUCUUCUACACUGUCUGUUGUGGAUAAUGGAAAAACAACAUCUAGGUCAUUAGACUUGUUAAAAUAGAUUUAAGAGAGAUGAAAAUUUGUGAGUCUUGGUAAUUAUAAUGGAAGAGCUGUGAAAAGUUAGCAGUUUGUCUUCGUGCUGGUUUUAUUUCCCCCACAGUGAACUUAGUUUGUUUUUAUGUUUAGAAACAAAAUAUGUUGAUUCUUGUGUAAGUUGCACAUUAUUUGACAUUCCUAUUGUAAUUAUAAUUAUCCUGUUCCACCUGUCCAUUCUUCCACUUAGGGUUGGCCUCAAGUCAAUUGGAUUUAUGACAAAUAUAUCUAGUUGAGUUAAAUAUUUUUUUAUUAGCCUGUAAAUAAAGAUGGCAUCUUCUACAUUAAAAAUG